CUUUAUGGUUUCACCGUUAACUGGUUUGGCUGUUGAACUUUAAUGUUCUUGGCACGAAUAGGUAUAGGUAUUUGUUGCCCUAAUUUCUGUGGUAGAUGUGGGUGAUGUUAAUCUAUUUUGGUAGGCGAGAUUUAUGCUUUGCUGAGGAAAGGAGGAUAAAUGAAAACAAAAAAAUAGCGGUUACUUAGCAAAAGAAGGAAAACAAAAACGUGAAGUCUCAUAAUGGCCAUGAAAGUUAUCAAACUCCUUCAGUGUCUGCACCAACUGUAUUACAUGUAUAGCAAACCAACCAAAUUACUUUCCCACUUGAUGCAUCAUCUUUUCGAAUACAUCCAAAUAAAUAAGUUAGCUAACUGUAGGUUCCUCUGGUUAUUCGGUGGCAUUGUUAAUAGAGUGUCAUGUAAGUUAUGAUGUUGACUUUGUGUUGUACUGUAAUGUACUAUGUCUGAGUUGACAUGAUUACCAAGGUUGACUUUUCCAUUUUGUCGAUUUUUUUGAAAUUGAACUUUAUUGUAUUUAUUGAAGGGUAUUACCUAAAAAAAUCCACCUUUGGGUACUCAAUUUUAUAAUCUUUUUAAUUUUUUCAAUAGCCUCCACCAUCACCCUUAGUUGUUUCAAUCUUAUAACCCUGUUAAGAUCAGUCAAUCUCCCAGUUAAAUGCCGUCCGGUCUUGCACACAUGGAAUGAAUGAAUUUGGUCAUGUGUCUCACAUUGACUCCCCAAAUGAAGUUCCAUUCUGGUGAAAAUCUGCAAUUAUGGAGCAAGAGCUUGAUGACUUUGCCCUGUCUGACACUGAGCUUGCGGGGCCUCGUGGCAACGUUCUGGGAGGUCAGGAGGUGAGAUCAACAUUAGUGUAGGUGUAGAUUGCACUGUUGGUGCCAUUUGACACAGGGAUGAGAGCUGAACUGGGCCAAGUUCUUGAAGCAGUAGCUGUGCAAUGGCAGGCGAUGCCAGUGGUAGAAUGCCCAAGAACCAGCAAUGAUGGGUGUCUUCAGCUUCAGCACUGCUGUGAUGACCAUAGAUUGGCCUUCUUCUUCAAUCUUUGCAACACAGUGGUAAGUGAUGGGCGUCUUCAGCUUAGGCAUUUCUGUGAUGACCAGAGAUUGGUAUCCUCCUUCAAUCUUCACAACACAGUGGUAAGUGGUGGAUGGUGGAAUGCUUGCUGGUUGGGAAUGGUCCUCUUUCUUCAAUUUUGCUUCAAUCACCUCUAUACGAUGGUGUCUGGGCAGCGGUGUCACAAUGUGAUGGUGGCAGUGGCUCAUCUGGUUUCUUCAAUCUCUCAUAACAUCUCCUACAAUGGGGUAAAAUGA